AUGCUUGCUUUUUCUGCAUGUAGAGACGAGAGGAGAGAGGGGAGAGAAGAGAGGGCGAUGACGAUGAAUUGGCGUCCAAUUGCUACUAGUACUACGCCAAGUAGCCCUUUCUCAGGCUCGGGGGGACUGCAAGAGUUGGAAUUUCUUCUUCAGCAGCGACACAACGGAAGAAGAAAGCAGCAGCAGCCGCUGUUACUGCAGCCGCCAUUUACGAUAACAAUGAGGGACAGGAGCAAAAACCGAAAGCCCCUUCAGCGGGGAAGAAGUCUCAGCACCGAAGCCAUCCACGCUAUUCAGGCCUUGAAGCGAGCCCAUCAUCAUCAUCAUGCGCCUCUCCUCCACCGGGCUUUUGCCUCCAACUUCAAGCGCUUGCUCAAAUCCGAUAUGAUGGCCGUUCUGCGCGAACUCCUUCGUCAGAACCAAUGCCUUCUAGCACUCCAGGUUUUUGAGCAUGUUCGAAAGGAGUACUGGUAUAAGCCUCAGGUCUCAUUGUAUGCUGAAAUCAUAUCAGUUUUGGGAAGCAACGGGUUGUAUGAAAGCAUAGUCGUUGUCUUCGAAGAAUUGAAAAUGGAAAAUGGUUUAGAUCCUGAUCGCGAGGCCUUGAAUGCGCUGUUAGAGAGUUUGAUGAGUUUCAACAACCCAAGACUUGCAAUGGAGUGCUUUUACUUGAUGAAAUUAUUAGGAUGCGAGCCAGAUAAAUCGUCAUUCAGAAUAUUGAUAAAUGGUCUAGAAUCGAAAGGGGAAACGGGCCUUUCAGCUGUUGUUAGGCAUGAAGCUGAGAAAUACUACGGCCAGACUCUGGAGUUGUUACAGGAGGAGGAGGAGAAGGAAGAGUUUGCAGUAUGCUGAGACCGAAUGGAUUUAGUAUAUAUGUAGACAGGACUGAGCAGGAGAGCUUGCACCACACCACUGGGGAGAGUACACUGAUGGAAGUUUCCUCUUUCCAGUGUUGCCCCACAAUUGGCUUCACCACAAUAAUAUUCAGCUAGCAGCUUGAUUAUGUUUCCGAGACAUUUGACUAGUUGCAAUAGUUGUAAACCUGAAACAUUUUCUGCAUAUAUAUAUGUGUGUGCGUGUAUGUGUAUUCCAGUAAACUGAUCAAGAUACAUAGCUUGUGAAGUGUGGUA